AUGCGUGUAUUUCUGCUUGCGUUUUUCAUCUCCUGCUCCUGUGCGGGUGGUGGAUGUGAACCUAAGAUUGUCAAUAUCGGAGCGGUCCUGAGCCAGAAGAGAUAUGAACAGGUGUUCAAGGACGCCGUCACCCAGGCAAACACUCUGUAUGGGAAAGAUAAGUUCAAGAUGAACGCCAUCUCUGUCACUCAUAAACCCAAUGCAAUUCAGAUGGCGCUCUCCGUCUGCGAGGACCUCAUCUCGAACCAGGUGUAUGCCAUUCUGGUGAGCCACCCGCCUCAGUCGAAUGACCAUCUGACCCCCACACCCGUGUCCUACACUGCAGGGUUCUACCGUAUCCCUGUGGUUGGGCUCACCACCCGCAUGUCCAUCUAUUCGGACAAGAGCAUCCACCUGUCUUUCUUGCGUACCGUGCCCCCCUACUCCCACCAAGCCCAGGUGUGGUUCGACAUGAUGAGAGAGUUCCGCUGGAACCACAUCAUUCUGAUAGUGAGCGACGACCACGAGGGCCGCGCUGCCCAGAAGAGGCUGGAGACCCUGUUGGAGGAGAGGGAGACCAAGAAUAAAAACAAGAACUAUGAAAACCUCGACCAACUGUCCUAUGACAACAAGCGAGGACCCAAGGCAGAGAAAGUUCUCCUGUUCAGCCAAGACACCAACCUGACAUCCAUGCUGCUGGAGGCCAAGGACCUGGAGGCUCGCGUCAUCAUCCUCUCUGCCAGCGAGGACGAAGCAGCGUCGGUCUACAAAGCUGCGCGCCAGCUCAACAUGACGGGCUCUGGCUACGUGUGGCUGGUUGGAGAGAGGGAGAUGUCUGGUAAAGCUUUGAGUGAAGCACCAGAUGGCUUGCUCGGCCUUCAGCUCAUCAACGGCAAGAACGAGUCGGCGCAUAUCAACGAUGCCGUGGCCGUGGUGGCACAGUCCAUCCAGGAGCUCUUUGAGAAGGAGAACAUCACAGAACCGCCUCGCGGCUGUGUAGGCAACACAAACAUCUGGAGGACUGGACCGCUCUUCAAACGAGUGCUGAUGUCAUCCAAGUACCCAGAUGGCCUGACAGGACGCAUUGAGUUUAAUGACGAUGGUGACAGGCGGUUUGCUACCUAUAGCAUCCUCAACUACCAAAAGACCAGGCUGGUGCAAGUGGGCAUUUUCAAUGGCACCCAAGUGGUGAUGAAUCCGCAGAGGAAGAUCAUUUGGCCAGGAGGAGAGACGGAGAAGCCAAGAGGAUACCAGAUGUCUACCAGACUAAAGAUAGUAACCAUUCAUCAGGAGCCAUUUGUCUAUGUCCAACCCACAACAAGUGAUGGAACUUGCCAAAAAGAAAAAACUGUAAAUGGACUUAAAGAUGUCCAGAAAGUUAUAUGCACUGGCCCCAAUGGAACCAUCCCAGGACAGCCUAUAGUACCCCAAUGCUGCUACGGCUUUUGCAUUGACCUCUUGAUUAAACUAGCGGAUACCAUGAACUUCACCUAUGAGGUUCAUCUGGUGGCUGAUGGGAAGUUUGGUACACAGGAGCGGGUAAACAACAGCAACAAGAAGGAGUGGAAUGGAAUGAUGGGAGAACUCCUGGGUGGCCUGGCAGACAUGAUUGUGGCUCCGCUCACGAUCAACAACGAACGCGCCCAGUACAUCGAGUUCUCAAAACCCUUUAAGUACCAGGGGCUUACCAUCCUCGUGAAAAAGGAAAUACCACGCAGUACUUUGGAUUCGUUCAUGCAGCCCUUUCAGAGCACCCUGUGGCUGCUGGUGGGUCUAUCGGUCCAUGUGGUGGCGGUGAUGCUCUACCUAUUAGACCGGUUCAGCCCAUUUGGAAGGUUUAAAGUGAAUAGUGAAGAAGAAGAAGAGGACGCCCUCACCUUAUCCUCCGCCAUGUGGUUCUCUUGGGGGGUCCUUUUGAACUCCGGGAUAGGAGAAGGAGCACCCCGGAGCUUUUCAGCAAGGAUCUUAGGUAUGGUGUGGGCUGGAUUUGCCAUGAUCAUUGUGGCAUCCUACACAGCCAAUUUGGCAGCCUUCCUAGUGUUGGACCGGCCUGAGGAGCGCAUCACCGGCAUCAAUGACCCCAGGCUGCGAAACCCAUCAGACAAGUUCAUCUACGCCACAGUGAAGCAGAGUUCGGUGGACAUCUACUUCCGGCGCCAAGUGGAGUUGAGCACCAUGUACCGCCACAUGGAGAAGCACAACUACGAAAGCGCUGCUGAGGCCAUCCAAGCUGUGCGCGACAACAAACUGCACGCGUUCAUCUGGGACUCUGCCGUCUUGGAGUUUGAGGCAUCACAGAAGUGUGACUUGGUGACAACGGGAGAGCUGUUCUUCCGCUCCGGCUUCGGCAUAGGCAUGCGGAAGGACAGCCCUUGGAAGCAAAACGUUUCCCUGUCCAUUCUUAGCUCUCAUGAGAAUGGGUUCAUGGAGGAACUAGAUAAAACCUGGGUGAGAUACCAGGAGUGUGACUCCAGAAGCAAUGCCCCAGCCACCCUCACUUUUGAGAACAUGGCAGGUGUGUUCAUGUUGGUUGCUGGGGGUAUCGUUGCUGGAAUCUUCCUCAUCUUUAUUGAGAUUGCGUAUAAGCGCCACAAAGAUGCCCGCAGGAAGCAGAUGCAGCUGGCCUUCGCUGCGGUCAACGUGUGGAGGAAGAACCUACAGGAUAGGAAAAGUGAUAGAGCAGAGCCUGACUCCAAACAGAAAACCUCUUUUAGGUCCAUCAGUACCAACCUGGCCUCCAACAUCAAGAGACGUAGGUCCUCCAAAGACACGCCUUAUCCCACGGACAUCACAGGCCAGCUCAACUUGUCAGACCCCUCUGUCAGCACGGUGGUGUGA